AUGGAACCAAAUGUGAGUAACUUCAACUCUCACUGUGCUGAGAUAUCCAUGGAGGUUCACAAGGUUGUUCCACCACCCCAUAGGAGCACAAUCCAGAAGCUGAAGAACAGGCUCAAAGAAACCUUCUUCCCUGAUGAUCCUCUAAGGCAGUUCAAAGGACGGCCAUUAAAACAAAAGUUGAUGCUUGGAACUCAGUACAUCUUUCCUAUACUACAGUGGGGUCCUAAUUACAGCUUCAAAUUAUUCAAAUCUGACCUUGUUUCUGGCCUCACCAUUGCUAGCUUAGCCAUUCCUCAGGGAAUCAGUUAUGCCAAGUUGGCCAAUCUGCCUCCCAUUGUUGGCCUUUAUUCAAGUUUUGUUCCUCCUCUUGUAUAUGCUGUUCUUGGAAGUUCAAGAGAUCUUGCAGUAGGUCCUGUUUCUAUAGCUUCUCUGAUACUGGGGUCAAUGCUGAGGCAAGAAGUUUCUCCUGCCAAAGACCCUCUCUUGUUCCUUCAACUGGCCUUCUCUUCAACCUUCUUUGCUGGUCUCUUCCAAGCUUCUUUAGGCAUCUUAAGGCUUGGCUUUAUAAUUGAUUUUCUGUCAAAGGCUACACUUAUUGGAUUCAUGGCUGGAGCAGCUAUUAUAGUUUCUCUUCAGCAGCUAAAAAGCCUUCUUGGGAUCACCCAUUUUACAAAACAAAUGGGUUUGGUUCCUGUCAUUAGCUCUGUCUUUCACAACACAAAGGAGUGGUCAUGGCAAACUAUCCUGAUGGGUGUUUGCUUCCUUGUGUUCUCCUCCUGACAAGACACGUU